UUGUGGACGCUUCUCAGAGUGGCGGCUACAUGGACGAGUUACAAGGUGCCGAAGAGGUUGCAUUCGUUGUGGAUGAUGUGACCACCAUCAUAAAAGAUGCUGUGGAAAACACCAUCGGGACCAGUCCCUACCAACACAACCGGGUCAACCAGUGGACUUCAAGUGUGGUGGAGACGUGCUUGAACCAGCUCACUAAACUUGGGAAACCCUUCAAAUACAUAGUGACUUGUGUCAUCUUACAGAAGAACGGAGCGGGCCUGCACACCGCGAGCUCCUGUUUCUGGGACAACACUGUUGACGGAAGCUGCACUGUAAGAUGGGAGAACAAGACGAUGUACUGCAUUGUCAGCAUUUUUGGCUUGGCCAUCUAGUGCCAAAAGAAGCUCUCAAGAUCUGGUCAGCCAAGAACAGCCCGUGCACUACAUGGACUUGAACCUUAAUCAUGUAACUUCUCAAAAGUACUCUACAUGGAAAACACAAAUUGUAUGCCGCACUAAAAUGAAAGACAGACAAAGUUCAGAAUGCAGGGAAAGCGAGCCAAUGUUUGUGUGACAUGCAAGAAAAUGCUAGAAAGUUCUUUAGUUAUAGAUGUGUGUGUGUGUGUGUUAGUGGUAGUGGACCGGCCAGGGGGGUUCCUCACAGUGGAAGACAUCAGUACAGCUUAGGGAGUCAGAGACUCAUGAACGCCACACCAGUGACAAAGUGACUAUUAAUGCCCAAUGAAAAUGGCCGCCGAGCUUUCCAGACAACAUGGCGGGCCAAGUUAUUACACACGGACCAGGCACAAAAAGGUUUAGACACAGCUGGUGUAGCCUGUGGAUGAGCAAUUUCUUUUAUAAAUGUGACUCCAUUUCAAAAUUCUCUCUCAAUUUUCAAUAAAUACUAACCCGAAAAUGG